GCUCCACCACCACAACGGUGUCCACAAACCGUUGCGAGAGGAUCUUCUUACAUGAAUCUACCUCAACAAGCACAUGCAGAUAGGAUAAGAAGAGCUAGGGAACAAAGAGCAUGCGGUCCAGCUCAACAGUAUCCUCCAAUGCGUUCGGCACCAUGUCCCCCAGCACGCGUGCAAUCACGUCCUCAGUGCCCACGACCAAGAGCUCCACCCCCUCAACGACAGUGUCCGUUACAUGGUGCAAGCGGAUCUUCUAUGAAUCUGGCUCAACAACAACAUGCGCAAAGGAUAAGAGGUGCAAGGGAAAAUAGAGGAUGCGCAUGGGGAUAGGAAUAUUGCAAACCUUAAAGGACUCAUAUGGACGGUAGAAGUUCUAAGAUUUGUUUUAAAUAGCAUUGGUAAGAGGAGCGCUACAAAGCUUAAGAAAUUUAUAUGGGUCGUCUGAUUCUGUAAUAAGGCAAUGUACUCUAUCUUAUAAGAACCGUGAUAUACAGAGACUAACAACAUAGGACAGUUCUUUUAAACACUAUUAGCUAUUAUGAGGCAUAGUAAAAACUAAAAAUUAUAAAAAAUAUGGGAUGGUGAAUUCUUGCUACAUGACAGAAAAAAAAAUUGUGUGAAAAUUGGAUGAUCAAAGUGAAUCAAAGUAAUGCUUAUACAAAAAAAACAAAGAGAAGAACUGAAUGGAUGUGAGAGUUCUGCGUUUUUUAAGUGGUGAUUAUUGCGAACAAAAAAUUAUAUGAAUUAUCGAUUUUUUAACAAUAAAAUGCAAAA